AUGAAAGAGAAUUCUCAAGGAGAAUAUCAACAUAAUUCAAACAGCAACUUCGGCGGCCGAAAAGAUCGUAUCGAAAACUAUCCCCCAAUCCAAAAGUUUCCCUCACCAACAACAACCCAGAGGUUCGAAGAACAACAACAACAAAACAAUCCAGAUCUAGAACAAAGAGAGGAAAGAUGA